GCGGCUUUGUGCCACAACCCUCAACGAGUCGCCUGCAUACGACUAUCCACGCUGCUGCCGCUUUCCCUCCAAGUCUCUUGAGCUCUCAGGAAGGCAGUAGACUGGGCAUUUGUUUUUUUUUGGUUGCACUGCAAGGCAUCAUGGCUUCAGCAGUCAUUGUGGACGCUGAUAUGGUAGCCGCUCUCCGCGACGCGGUACGCGAGUGUGGCGACAGAGGGCUGAUCAACGCGUCCAAAUGGGCAUCUGAGCUCCUCUUGGGUGUCCCGGAUAAAAAACGGCGAGCACCACCUCCGGCGAACGAAGCUAUCGCGGCACCGAUCACUCAACCUAGGCAUCCCAACGCGCCGCCUCUACAGGCUCUUCCCGAACAUGUCCGCAUACAGGAGAAAGAGUGGGAAGAAGAGGACAGGGACUACAUCACGACUGCCCGUGCUCUCUUUGACGGGAAGGAUUUCGUGAGAGCAGUCCACUGGCUGAGGACUUGCAAGAGUGCGAAGGCGCAUUUUCUGAGUGUGUAUAGCCAGUAUAUGGCUAGCGAGAAGCAAGCUCUGAGGGACUGGUACAAGCUAGACAAAACGCGACAUCAACCCACGCUUCCCGUCAAUACAUCACUCGUUGAUUUACUGGAGAUGGUGAGGAAUGCGACAGACCCGUUUCUGCUCUUCCUGUGCGUUCCUGUUUUACAUCGUUCGUCAUUCAGCAAUCACAUACGUUCAGAGCACAUUAGAAAAGCCCUAUUUCUCUGUCGGCUGAGCCGUAGGGAAGAAGCUAUAGAGAGUGCUCUCCUAUCCAUUGCUGCAUAUCCUUGGAAUUGGUCAACGUGGAUGGUGUUGGGCGAAUGCCUCGGAGACGGCGAAGAGUUGUCAUCAAUGUUGCCUCUACUGCCAUUGCCACCAACACAUCCACUCGUACAAAUGUUCCAAGUGAAGACACUGAAUACUGUCCACAGCCCUACAGAUAAUGAACUGGGUUUGUGUGAUCGACUGUUGGGAGAAGAACUCUUCCCUCGCAGUCUUUGGGUCAUGUCUCUCCGCGCCGGAGUGUUGUAUCACAUGCACGAUUUCAAGGAGGCCGCUGCGCAGUUCCAAAAAAUCUUCGCUGUCGACCCCUAUCGCAUAGAUGACAUCGACAUUUUUUCCAAUAUCUUAUACGUGACGGAGGAUCAGUCUGCGCUGUCCACAGUGGCACAUGGAUUCACCGUCAUCGAUAAGGACCGCCCGGAGAUCUGCUGCCUCAUUGGGAAUUAUUUCUCCUUGCGGAAUGAACACGAGAAGGCCAUCAAAUACUUCAAACGUGCGACUCAGCUAGACAGAACGUAUCUGUCAGCUUGGACAUUGAUGGGCCACGAGUAUGUGGAGAUGAAGAACUCGCAUGCAGCCAUUGAGGCGUACCGCAAAGCAGUAGAUGUCACUCGGAAAGACUACCGCGCGUGGUACGGCCUAGGUCAGGCUUACGAACUGCUGAGCAUGCAUCAGUAUGCACUCCACUAUUACCAACGAGCCACAGCGCUACGGCCAUAUGAUGUCCGCAUCUGGCAAGCACAGGGCAUUUGCUAUGAAGAAAUGGGACGACCGCGCGAGGCCAUCGAAUGUUUCAAGCGCGCGCUUAUCGGGGCGGACCCGUACGAAACGACCAUUCAUCUGAAGCUGGCCAAGCUACAUAACGAUCUCGACGAGUUCGCUGAAGCUGCAAGUUACCACCGGCGGGUGGUGGAUGUGUGCCGAGCCGCAAAUAAACCCGUGGCCGAGUACGCCAAGUCGUCCGUUUACGUUGCGCGUUACCACAUUAUUCACGGCGGUGGGGACCUGGCCUUGGCAAAAGAACUCCUAGAGCCCAUCGCUUCCAGCAACGCAGAAGAAAUGUCGAAAAUCCUGGCUAAUUCGCAUUCUCCUUCUCCUACGUCCUCUCCUGCUCAACCAUCCACGCCGUUCAAUGGCGAGAACGGUGGAUAUGCUCGGUCCAAUGGUCGGGACUCUGUCUAUGCUACUCCUGCACCCGAGUCUCAGACGCCAAACCUCGCAUCGAGCUCGACUCUGGACAUAGACCCUGUCACAAUCGAUGAUGAGCCUACGCAGCCCGGAAGUCAUCCGAAAAAGCGGUUCAGGCCAUUUCCAGAUGUGGAGGGUGUGACUGCUAGAACAAAGAGGAGAGCUGUGGCCAAGACUACACGGUGCGUAUACUUGCGCGCUGCACAUUCAUCACACGUCGUGACAUACUCCUGCAGAGUUGCGUCUCGCCUAGCGGAGGAUCAUACCUCUGUUCUAUACCCUGACGUGGACACACCAUUCACGGACGUCCAAGAUGCGAUGCGCCGUCUUUUGCCGUACCACGUCUUCCAGCAUCCCAAACAGGAUCUGGAUGUCACCAUCCAUCGUCCCUUGUUUCCCUCAUCAAAGGGCAAAACGAAGGCCACGGAGGCGGAUUACCUGCGAGAGGAAAUUGCAGAAACACGAUUCGCUCUGCAGUGCUGGAGGAGGCGGAGAGCACUAGAAGAUCGCUUUCGACGUAUUAGGAUACGGGAAGGCAAGCAUGCCUCCCCCGACGAUCAAGCAUACGUACUCGUACAAGCCGUACUGGAGGCAGAAGGCGCGGAGACUACCACUGUAAACACUGAACUUCGAGCUGCACGCGCUGAACUCGACAAACUCGAGCGAGAGCGACGAGCCGCAGCGCGUCCCCCUCCUCCUCCCACUACACCACGGCAAACACCUUACUAUCCGCCUACUCCCUCAGCGCCCAACGCCUAUACGUCGCAAUAUCGUGGCUAUGCAUACCCAUACGCUACACCAUACGGGGCAGCACAGUACACGCUCAGUCCUGCGUUUCAGACGACCGUCUCAUACCCACCCACACCUCUGAAUACCGGCGCUCAGAGGUCCGGACCGGCGUACGGGUCCGCAUACUCACCUGCUACUCCGUCCAAUACGUCGUCUACCGCAUACUCGCACGCGACCGCUGCGACCACACCCACCCCCACUGCGGCGGCAUCUGCGCCUCAGGCAUACUAUCGGACCCACUCGACCAGCACGACCACCACGGCGACAAAUACGGCGGGGACGGUUUCUGCCAUACCGGUUCAACUGCCAGUCACGCAUCUGGCGGCGCUGCAGACCAUUGGCUUGGAUCCGGUUCCUAUCACAUCGCUCCCUCCUCCAGGCCAGCCACGCCCUGCGGCCAUCCUCAGGUCUCAGACAGCGACGACGAUGCAGAUUGACAUCAACGUCGCAUCGCUACAACCUGCUCAGAUGAACGGCCUUGCUGUGAUUCUGAAUAUGUUGACGUCAAGGGGCGUGACCGUGGAUGGCAGUACAGGCACUGCGCCGAAUAGCGCCGUCGGGAGCGGCACGCCGACGUCGGUGCCUGCUGCAACAGACGCGACGACGGCGUCGUGAAUGCGAGGGGCUGCGUGACGCUGUUUGUGUCUAUUCUUAUUGGCGUAACAGUAACCGUUCUGGUCGUUAGAUGGCGUGUUGUAAUGUACUCGGUAGGUAAGGAGAGGCAUGGCCCGCAAUAUAGCAUGUUCCAUUGUGUACUUAAAGUUUCAGCCAGCUAUACAGAAGGUGCCGCGGACGUAAGUAUGGCGGCAUCGGGUCUGUCGGCCAAGGCCCCGCUAAU